GUUUAGGCAUCCCAUCAGCAAUGGAGCGACUGAAUGUUUCUCUUUUCUCUCUCCAAACCCCAAGGCUGAGUUCAUCUCACUGUUUUUCAGAUGAUAUCGUCAAUCAUCAGUUGAAGAAUCCCAACUGAAAGAAAGCAAGAAAACGAGAUCAGAAUUUUUUUUUUUUUCCACCACCAUCUUUCCAAUCAAAUCUGUCUAUCAAAAGAAAGUGUUUGAGCGGUCUGAGAGGAGAAGAAAGAGAAGGAUGAGCUUCGAGGAAUCGAUGAAGUGUUUGUCGCUGGAUUAUCUCAACCUGCUGAUCAACGGGCAGGCGUUCAGCGACGUGACGUUCAGCGUGGAGGGGAGGUUGGUGCACGCCCACAGGUGCAUCCUUGCGGCGAGGAGCCUCUUCUUCCGGAAGUUCUUCUGCGGGCCUGAGGCGGCAGCGGCGGCGGCGGCAGCUGGACUGGGAGUUGAUUUGAGGGGGAUGAUGCAGCAGCAGCAGCCGGGGCCGGCCUCGGGGAGGCCCGGUGUGAUGGCCGUGCCCUGCGCGCAGGUGAUUCCGGUGAACUCGGUGGGAUACGAGGUCUUCCUGCUGCUGCUGCAGUUUCUGUACAGUGGGCAGGUGAGCAUCGUGCCGCAGAAGCACGAGGCGAGGCCCAAUUGCACUGACCGCGGGUGCUGGCAUGCCCAUUGCACCUCCGCCAUCGAGCUCGCACUCGACACCCUCGCCGCCUCCCAGUACUUCGGCGUCGAGCAAUUGGCGCGCCUCAUUGAGAAGCAGCUAGCUACGAUGGUGGAGAAGGCCUCCAUUGAAGAUGUCAUGAAGGUGCUGAUGUCGUCAAGGAAGCAGGAGAUGCACCACCUUUGGUCAACUUGCUCCCACCUGGUGGCGAACUCUGGCCUGCCCUCAGAGAUCCUCUCCAAGCACCUCCCCAUAGACGUUGUCUCCAAGAUAGAGGAGCUCCGCCUCAACUCCACCCUCACCCGCCGCUCCCUCCUCCAUGAUAUGGGCGGCGCCACGUCCUCCUCCUCCCCCUCCGCCACCACCUGCGACGACAAGCCCCAGAAGAUCCGGCGGAUGCAGCGGGCCCUCGACUCGUCCGACGUCGAGCUUGUUAAGCUGAUGGUCAUGGGGGAAGGCCUGAACCUUGACGAAGCCCUCGCCCUCCAUUACGCCGUCGCCAACUGCAGCCGUGAGGUAGUGAAGGCCCUGCUGGAACUCGGAGCCGGGGACGUCAACCACCGGGCGGAGCCCAGCCGGAAGACGCCGCUCCACAUUGCGGCAGAAAUGGUGAACCCGGACAUGGUGGCCGUGCUGCUGGACCACCACGCUGACCCGAACGUCAGGGCCGCCGACGGCACCACGCCCAUCGACAUUCUUCGGUCGCUCACCUCCGACUUUCUGUUCAAAGGUGCAGUUCCCUGCCUCCCCCACAUUGAGCCCAACAAGCUCAGGCUCUGCCUCGAGCUGGUCCAAUCUGCGGCAUUAGUCCUCUCCCGGGACGAACGCAACGGCGGCGGCGGCGGCGGAACCCCAGCUACUGAAACCGGUCAGAUGGUAUAUCUCAAUCUUGGUGGUGCAGAUUUGGCUUGUAAAUACGAUGGUGAGUCCGGAAACGAUGGUGAUAGGUACUGUCAUCACAUUCCGGGGUCUCUCUACUCACACGGGUUCUAGCCAAUUGCACUCUGUACUCUCCUUUUUACUAGCAAGAUCUGAAUCGAUGCGACAAUGUCCAUUUCAACUUUUCCUUUUCUUAA